CACACGACUCGCUUAUAUUAUGUAAACAAAUUGAACGAUUCGGUGAGUAAAAUUUACGAUGCAGCCGACGGAACAAGACGUUUCUUGUCAGCCGGAAAAUGACACCCUUAAUCUUCUACCAUCGGUGGAUAAUGAUCAGAUAAACAGUGUUUUGAUCACAGAAUCGGAGCUGUUCGACUACAUUCGCCGUGAUCAAAAAGUGUUCUAUAAAAGCCAGCAAAUCAACGAUCCGGAACUUACCUCUGAGGAAAAAUAUGACAUACUCAAGCAAGUACUGGAAAAGAGUCACCCGAUAUUUCUUUCCCGGUUUGGGUUAUUUCUUAAGGAGGAUCACCUAAAGUUCUUCGAACAGGAACCCCAAACUAGCGGCUACAGUCCGGACGAACGGUAUGAGGUGGAUUACUAUUUGGAGAAAAUUCGUCGCACGCAAAAUGGUGGUCACGAGCGGCAGGUCCGCAAUAGAAGGUAUGCAGCCCUGAAGCAGCUCGUUCAGGAUGGAAAUUAUUUCAGCGAAAUGGAAAUGAUGCAACGGGAACCACUGCUUUACGAGCAACUAGUUGGCCAGUAUUUGACGGAAAGAGAGCGCAAGGCGAGGGAUGCGGCCGGGACGAAAAAUGACAGCCUGGUAACAAUUCUUUUUAACGGAAUAGAUCGAGAUAAUGCGGAUGCGUUGCGAAAGGAGCAAGAAAAUGACGAAAAGAUAAUGGAAGAAAUGACGGAUCCAAUUGAUGAUGACGAUGGAGAUAGGUACUGGGAGAAGCCACCGGAUUCGCCGGCAUUCUCUAGGGCUCAGUGGGGUAACUUUGAUCAGGAAGAAGAGGAGCGACAGAAAAGUAUACAACAAGAACUGGCGGCGAAGAAAAGAAAUAAGAAAUUUUCCGUCCCGAUGAAUUUGCUAACUUCGGGGGAGCGGAGCUUGCUGAGGGACGAAUUUGUUGGAACGAUGUAUGCUAAGUUUAUAUCAGGCGAAGACGACGAAUUCGACUAUUCGAAGAUUGAUGAAAGUUUGGAGUACGAUAAUCUGGAUAUUGUUGAACAGGAUGAGCAGGAACGAUACUUUGAUACUGAUGAGAUUUGUGAAGAAUUUGAGCAAAAGGAGUCGUCAUGCAUGCAGCUAGAUGAUGACGAGGAAGACGAUCUGGAUGUGUAUAUGAGACAUAUCGAUCAGCACUUGAAGAAUCAGAAAAAUAUGGAGCAGAUGAAUGAUAAGAUGAGAGACGUAAACUGUGAAUAUGAUAGUGAUGGGUAGAGUUUAGAAAUGUGCGCGAAUUAUGUGUAAGUUAAUAUCUAUGUCGUAUAAUAUAUUAUCCAAAAAAGUCAAACAUUUGUAAUGCAUUUAUGACGCUUAGAGCAGAUUUGUUUUCUUUCCGGACAUCACGUUGAACCUUAUCAAAUGAAUAACGAUGUUCGAGGUCCUAAUAGUUUUCUUAUAUCUGCUGCCCGAACUUACGACUGGCCGCUAGCAGCUGGGCAAAACAAUAUUGAGACUUGGCAUUCUAUUUAUAUAGAAUAGCGCUAAAGCUGAGUACUUGGGUUGAAGACUAUUAGGCGUUUUAAUGUGUUAGGUACCUGUUGUGUUGUUAUUGUGUUGUUUGAGUGUGAAAUAAAUUAUAAAUUGACCCCCACCGGAGCACGUUA